GCUAAAUCGAAUGAUCGUGAGUAAUCGUUUUACUGUCUCGUGCAUUCUGCUUCUCCAGUUCCGCAAAAAACGUGCGUAACCGGUGUGCCGAUUGUUCCUACCCAAUAUUCUACUAAAAUGCAACCACAAAUCAUCCUGUUGAAAGAGGGGACUGAGGCUUCUCAAGGAAGGUCCCAAAUCAUUUCAAACAUCAAUGCUUGCCAGGCAAUCGUUGAUUGUGUUCGAACAACUCUUGGCCCCAGAGGAAUGGACAAAUUGAUGGUUGAAGCCCAAGGGAAAGCCACAAUUUCCAAUGAUGGAGCAACAAUAAUGAAAUUGCUUGAUGUUGUUCAUCCGGCUGCCAAAACCUUGGUAGACAUUGCAAAGUCACAGGAUGCGGAGGUAGGAGAUGGAACCACAAGUGUUGUCCUCUUGGCUGGCGAAUUUCUCAAGCAAAUGAAACCAUUCAUUGAGGAAGGUGUUCACUCUCAAAUCAUCAUCCGCAGUGUCCGUAAAGCUACACAGCUGGCUGUUCAGUUUAUCAAUGAAAUUGCUGUCAAGCCCAAGAAAGAUGAUGAGGUAGAACUGAGACAAUUGCUUGAGAAAUGUGCUGCCACUGCUAUGGGAUCAAAGCUAAUCAAUCAACAAAAAGAUUUCUUCUCAAAAAUGGUUGUAGAUGCUGUCAUGAUGCUUGAUGAACUUCUGCCGCUCAACAUGAUUGGCAUUAAGAAAGUUCCAGGUGGUGCAUUGGAGGAUACUCUGCUCGUAGCUGGUGUUGCUUUCAAGAAGACCUUCUCUUAUGCUGGAUUUGAAAUGCAGCCUAAACAGUACACUGAUCCCAAAAUUGCUCUGCUCAACAUUGAGCUCGAACUGAAGGCUGAGCGCGAUAACGCCGAAGUUCGUCUCGAGAGCGUCGAGGAAUAUCAAAAAGUGGUGGACGCCGAGUGGACUAUUUUGUACGACAAAUUGGAGAAACUGCAUUUGAGCGGAGCUAAAGCCGUUCUGUCCAAACUUCCGAUUGGCGAUGUUGCUACACAGUAUUUCGCCGAUCGUGACAUGUUCUGCGCCGGCCGAGUCCCCGAAGAAGAUCUCAAACGUACCAUGAAAGCUUGCGGUGGUUCCAUCUUAACCACAGUAGCUGAUCUUAGCGACUCCGUCCUCGGUACCUGUGAACAUUUCGAAGAGAGGCAAAUCGGUGGUGACAGAUUCAACAUUUUCACCGGCUGUCCUCAAGCUAAGACUUGUACUAUUAUUAUUCGUGGAGGAGCAGAACAGUUUAUGGAAGAAACUGAACGAUCUCUACACGAUGCCAUCAUGAUCGUACGUCGUGCCAAGAAGAACGAUGCCGUCGUUGCAGGUGGUGGGGCAAUUGAAAUGGAACUGUCAAAACAUCUUCGCGAUAUUUCACGUACGAUAGCCGGGAAAGAGCAGAUGCUAAUCAGCGCAAUUGCUCGAGCCCUUGAAGUCAUUCCGCGACAGCUGUGUGACAACGCUGGAUUUGAUUCCACCAAUAUUUUGAACAAGCUUAGACAAAAACACGCUCAAGGUAAUCGCUGGAUGGGUGUCGACAUUCUUAACGAAGAUGUUGCCGACAACAUGGAAAAGUGUGUUUGGGAACCUUCUUUGGUGAAAAUUAAUGCUUUGAGUGCUGCUUCCGAAGCUACGUGCCUCAUUCUUUCGGUGGACGAGACCAUUAAGAACCCUAAAUCUGGAGAAGGCCCGGCUCCCCAAGGCCGUCCUGGAGCAAGACGUCCAUUCUAGACACACUUCGCUUUGGCUUGAUCAAAAGACAGCACAUUUUCUUUCGUUACUUUUCAAUUUUGCUUCGCUACUUCCUCGGUCGUGUCUUGAUGUGAUUGUUGAAAGCCUGCUACUUGAUUAAUACAUUGCAACCACUCUCACACUA